AAAAACUUACACUUUACCCAUAUCAACCGGAAAAUCCUAUGUCAACUCUUGAAUCCGUACCAACCCCUAAACCCGGAUCAGCUCAUGAACCCGCAAUUCCCAGUAGAUCAUUAUAAUUAUCAAAUAUCGAAGAAAAUCCAUACGCUCAUCAUGCUGGUAUGAUUGUUGGUGGGCAUGAGACUAUCAUCGAGAAACAUCCAUGGCAAGUUGCUCUAUUGUUUCGUUCCAAGCACAGCUGUGGUGGUUCAAUAAUCAGUGAAACGUUUGUGUUGAGCGCUGCUCAUUGUUUUGUCAGUUCUCGUUCUUUGAGCGAUUACCAAUUGCGCGUUGGUUCAUCAUAUCAUGCGAAAGGCGGUGAAAUUGUCAAAAUAAAACGUGUUUUUAUACAUAAAAAGUAUGACACGGAGAGCUACGAUUACGAUUUUGCUCUCAUUUUUCUGGCCAAAUCAUUGAAAUUUGGGAACAAAAUUCGUCCAAUCGCAUUGAUACGUUCCAAUCAAAAAAUAUGGGAUGGGACUAAAUCUAUUGUUACCGGAUGGGGAUUAACAAAAAAUCCAUUUGCGCCGAAUGAUAAACUUCGAAAAGCUUCUGUACCGAUAGUCAGUCAAGAACUUUGUAAAAAGGUAUAUGCUGGUGGUAUAACUGAUCGAAUGAUAUGUGCUGGCCACCUACAUGGUGGCAUCGAUGCUUGCGAUUAA